UCGUUUUUAUUAUUUUGCGGCAAUCGGAGAAAUUAGGGUUUUCUCUCAGACAAUUGAAGGUAUCUCUUCUUCGAUUUCGGAACCAAACCCGAUCCAAUUGCUGAAUUCUUACAAUAUCUAUCAGUUUUUUUUUUUGGUAUAAUCGGAUUGUAAUUUGAAGUUAUGUCGAACGAUUUAGGUUUAAUUUAAAGUUGGGGCGUGUGAAAAGAGGAUCACUUGUUUGCUUCCAAUCCGAGUCUCAAACAAACCCUGGAGAGUCACAGUUCCGUGUUAGGGUUAAGGAAGUGUUUCUGCAACGUUGUGUCAGUGGUGGUUUUGUAUAUCCGCCGCUCGUUACUCGGGGAGAUGGAGUCCGACUCGCCUUCUAUUCCUCACAGCUCGCAUGAUUUGGUCAUGGAGAGGCUUGUCUCUGUGGGUGUUCCUGAAAAUUACUGCUCUAAUCAUGGCCUAGUGGAAUUUGUAAAAGCUAACCCGGCCAGGAUUUCAGAGUUGGUCUCUGUUAUCUUACCUACAGAUGAGGAUGUUAAACCGGGAUUGAAGCAAUCUAGGGAACGGUCUCGGAAGUCUGUGGUGAAUGCUACCAUGAAAAAGAGGUUCAGGGAGAGCAUGGAUAUGCUGCAGUGGUUGAUGUUCCUGGAUGAGCCUGAUGCUUCUUUGAAGAAUCUAGCAAAACUGAAUCUUGAUCAGCGAGGUGUUUGUGGCUCUGUCUGGGGACACAAUGAUAUAGCAUAUAGGUGUAGGACAUGCGAGAACGACCCAACUUGUGCAAUCUGCGUGCCUUGUUUUCUGAAUGGGAAUCACGACGCCCAUGACUAUUCCAUCAUCUACACAGGCGGUGGUUGUUGUGAUUGUGGGGAUGAGACAGCAUGGAAACCAGGGGGUUUCUGUUCAAAACAUAAAGGUUCUGAACAGAUUCAACCCCUCUCAGAAAAUCUAGCAAAUUCAGUUGGGCCGGUUCUUGAUGCCCUUUUUGCUUGUUGGAAUAACAAGCUCUUAUCUGCAGAAAGUAUUGGUCACAAAGGUGCGAGAUCCAACGAUACUCUUGUGGUACCCCAAAAGAUGUCAAACGAGCUGACAUUUAUAGUGGUUGAAAUGCUUCUGGAAUUUUCUAAGUCCAGUGAGAGUUUGCUCAGUUUUGUUUCUAGAAGGAUUAUCUCUUCAAGUGGUUUGUUGAGUAUUCUCUUAAAGGCUGAGAGGUUCUUGGACCAAGAUGUUAUGAAGAAACUACAUGACUUGUUACUCAAACUAAUAGGAGAUCCUGUUUUCAAGUGCGAAUUUGCAAAAGCAUUUGUGAGUUACUAUCCACUUGUCAUAAGUGAAGCGGUUAAGCAGGGUACUGAUAAUGCAUUCAAGAAAUAUCCUCUACUGUCCACAUUUUCUGUGCAAGUCUUCACGGUGCCAACUCUAACACCAUUUCUGGUCAAGGAAACGAAUUUGCUAGCCAUGCUUUUGGGAUGCGUCAGUGAUAUCCUUGUUUCUUGUUCUGGGGAGGAUGGUGCGCUACAGGCUACAAAGUUGGAUCGGUUGAGUGAUACAAGUGACCGUGUCUUUGGAGACUUGAAAUUUGUUACGAGCCAUGCUAUAGUUUCUAAGUAUGCAACACAUGAACAACGGGAGUUAUCAAGAUCAUGGUUGAGACUCUUGACCUUUGCUCAAGGAAUGAAUCCUUUAAAAAGAGAGACUGGAAUCCCUGUUGAAGAAGAAAAUGAUAACAUGCAUAUGUUCUUUGUUUUGGGUCAUUCUACAGCUGUUAUUCACUCUCUAUUGGUUAAUGGUACGUAUUCUGCUGCUAGUGAUGGAGAAAUAGAGAAUGAGAGAACCGCCAAGGAAGAACUUGACAAGUGUGAUGGAGAUGGAAAACGGUAUGCAAAAGUUGGAAGAUUGUCACAUGAAGAUUCGGUAUGUACUGUGAUGGUAAGCAGCAGCUCCUUUGAUAGCUCAAUGGCCUCUGAAGUCCACAGAACUGAUCCUUUCCAUGCCCUGCUUCCUUCUUCUGCCAUAUGCUUGAUACGCGAAUGUUUAAAAGUUUUGGAGACAUGCUUAGGAAAUGAUGAAGGUAUAUCAGAGUUUCUUUGCAAGUUUUCUUCUCCUAGCGGCAGAAGCACCCCUGGAAGUAAGAUGUCGUGGCCAAGGAGAGACAUGUUAAAGGUUGAAACUGGAGUAAGUGUAUCUAGUAAUCUUGCCAGUUCUAGUAGAGAUCCAAGUACUGGCUUAUCACCUCUAUGCGGCGAAAUACAAACAAAUCUUAGCUUGGAUAACGUUGGUGGACCGAAUGGGGUGGUUCAGACAGAUGUUACAGCUGGCUCUAGAGGAGUAUCUUACAACUCUGCUGAUUUGACAAAGAAUGCAUCAGGAGCACAUAUACUUGGUCUGUGUGAUUGGCCGGACAUUAGCUAUGAUGUGAGUUCUCAGCCCAUAUCAGUUCAUCUACCAUUGCACCGGUUACUUUCUCUGCUCAUAGAAAGAGCAUUAAGGAUAUGUUAUGGAGUAUCUGCAUCGCACAAUAAAGUCGGUAGUAGUCAUGAGAUCCCACAUUCAGACUUCUUUAGCUCUGUGAUAGGAGAUUUCCAUCCUUCUGGAUUUUCUUCACUCGUUAUGGAGCAUGUUCUACGGGUUAGGGUCUUCUGUUCCCAGGUUAUUGCUGGAAUGUGGAAGAAGAAUGGGGAUUCUGCAUUAGUAUCUUGUGAGUGGUAUCGGUCAGUUCGUUGGUCAGAACAGGGACUUGAGCUUGAUCUAUUUCUUCUGCAGUGUUGUGGUGCAUUAGCUCCCGCAGAUUCUUAUGUUGAUAAACUUGUCAGUCGAUUUGGGCUCUCAAGCUAUCUGUCACUAAAUCCAGAUAUAACAAAUGAGUAUGAACCAGUUUUGGUCCAGGAAAUGCUUGCUCUUCUGAUACAGAUUCUGCAGGAAAGACGGUUUUGUGGUCUCUCUACUGCUGAAAGUUUGAGAAGAGAGAUCAUCUUCAAGUUAGCCACUGGAGAUUUCACUCAUAGUCAAUUGGUCAAAUCUUUACCCCGUGACUUGUCCAAGUCGGACGAGCUUCAGGAGCAAUCUGCAGAAGAAAGAUUUUCGCGUUAUUCUGGAGUGUCUGCAUUGACCACUCAGCUUCCUAGGUGGAAAAUGAUCUAUCCUCCCCUAAAGGGGCUUGCUAGAAUAGGCACUUGCAAAGCCACAUUUCAAAUCAUUUCAUCUGCUUUAUACUACGCACUAGAGAGUGGUAUAUCAUCAGCUAAAUCACGUGCUCCAGAUGGUGUUCUUAUAACUGCACUGCACUUACUCUCGUUAUCAUUGGAUAUUUGCACUCAGCAGAGGCAAUCUUAUAGUCAGGAUUGUUGCGUAGAAAAUUCUAUUCCAAUUCUCGAGUUAGCUGGUCUGGAAAUAAUUGGUACAGAUCAAGGGACUGAAAAACAAAGUUUGUUGUCUCUUCUUGUUUCGUUAAUGAGGACUCGUAUGGGUGAUGGCCUCCAUCAAUUUCAAGAGGCAGGCAGUUGCAAUAUUUCGUCCUGGAUUGGAAAUCUGCUGAAGAAGUUUAGUGCAAUCGACUCUGUUUGUAUGAAUCUAUUACAAAGUCUUGCCCCAGAGGUGGUUGGUCAAUCUGGCUUUGAUAAAGUCUUGCCCCAGAGGUGGUUGGUCAAUCUGACUUCAGAUGAGAAGCGCAAGGCUAAAGCUAAAGAGAGGCAAGCUGCUAUUAUGGCAAAAAUGAAAGCUGAACAGUCAAAGUUCUUGUCUACCUUGAGUUCCAGCAUGGAUGAUGAUGAUACAAGAUCUGAAACUGAAACAAGUGAUUCUGUUAUGGAACAUGAUUCAAUUGCUGUCCGUGAAGUUUGCUCCCUCUGCCAUGACCCAGAUUCCAAAGACCCCGUUUCUUUCUUGAUUUUUCUCCAGAAAUCUAAACUACUGAGUUUUGUGGAUAGAGGUCCUCCAUCUUGGGAUCAAGGUCCACAAUCUGAAAAACAGAUAUCUGUGGAUGGAGUUCCUGAUCUUUUGAGAAUCAAUGCUUCUUCAGAUAGCUUUAGAAUAAGUUCUCCGCACGUGCUGCAACUGUCAGGUGAUGCUACCUCUGAGUCUGCUACCGAUUCUGUGCUUGAAACUAUAAAAGCCCGGCUUAUAGGUAAUGGUCAGACAGAGAAGAGGUCUAGCGAUGGGAGGGGAAAACACGAAUCUAACAGGGAAUCAUUGGAGAUAGCCAUGUAUCAAACUGUUCGCAAAAAAAUUGAAGACAUGAUAAAUCAAAGCCUUACAAGUGUAGAUCAUCGACACCAUGAAGCUGAAAAUAGUUCGGAGAAAAAUUCUGUUGGUAGUCCAUCUACUUUACAAGUUAGAUUUCCUGAGAUUCGAUCAAGAAAGACUCCUAGGCGUCCUGAUGCUGGUUCAGAUGGGUUUCACCCUACCGACUGCGAUGGAGUUUAUUUUUCAUCAUGUGGACAUGCUGUGCAUCAAAGCUGUCUUGAUCGAUAUUUGAAAUCCUUAAAGGAAAGGUCUGGCAGAAGAAAUGUCUUUGAAGGUGCACAUAUUGUGGACCUAGACCUGGGAGAAUUUCUCUGUCCUGCAUGCCGCCGGCUUGCAAAUUCCGUAUUACCUGCAUGUCCUGGAGAUUUAUGUUCUGUCUCAAAGCUUCAAGAUAGUCCACCUACUAAGUUAGGUAGAUUGGAUGCCCAGAAACCUUCUUUUCGGUUCUCUGAAGCGUUGUGUCUACUCCGAACUGCUGCUGAAGUGAUCGAAGAUGGUGAUAGCGGCAAAACAGGUUCUCUGCAGGGAGAUGGACCAAGAAGGAAAGAUCUUGAUUCUAUCUCUAACAAGCUCUGGGAUUUCUAUUAUUCCAAGCAACAGGAAAAACCUUCAGAAACUCCGUGGCUACCACAGUCAAUCUACAUGUGGGACACCCUUAAGUACUCUCUUAUUUCGAUGGAAAUUGUCACUCGUUGUGCGAAGAAUUCAUUGCUUCCUGUCUAUAGUAUUGACUCCUUGUAUGAAGAGUUAAGAACCUCUACAGGGACUGUUUUGUCGGUCUUAUUACGAGUUGUACAGAGCACCAGAACAAAGAAUGCUAUUCAUGUUCGUCAGAGAUUUAUGGGUAUGAAGCAUCUUGCAGAGUCUAUAUGCUCUGGAUUUUCAAGUAGUUCUUCGAGCAGCAUAUUUGGAAGUGAAGGCACAACAGGUUCAUUGAAGAAUAUAAACCUGCUCUGGAAUCGAGCAUCUGAUCCAGUUCUUGCCCAUGACCCAUUUUCUUCACUGAUGUGGGCUCUCUUUUGUCUCCCUUCUCCUUUUCUUACAUGCGAGGAAUCUCUAUUAUCGCUUGUGCAUAUUUUCCACAGUGUCUCUCUUGUUCAGACUGUAAUUGCUUAUUGUUCAUGUCGCCUAAGUGACUUGAGUGAAUUAAAUUUUGAGGAAAAACUGCUUAAUGACAUCUCCAACGCUUUGAGAGAGUCAGGUGGUUGGGAGUAUUUCAUGUCCAACAAUAUGGAUUUAUCAUGUGAUAUAAAAGACACAAUCCGUAAAUAUUGUCUUCCUUUCUUGAGGAGAUGUGCAUUGUUGUGGAAGCUACUGAAAUCUACUCCUGGGAAGUUGCAUGAAGACGCAGAUAUGUUUGAUUUGCCAUCUGACUCCGCCGGCGACAAUAUGGAUUUCAUGUACGGUCCCCAAUCUGAGCUGAAUCAUGUGCUAGAAUUGGAGAAAAUGUUUAAGAUUCCGCCUGUAGAUACCAUUCUGAAAGAUGAACGUCUCCGCUUUUCAACUCAAACAUGGCUCAAGCAUUUUCAGCGGGAAUACAAAAUCAACAGAGUUCAAAGGCCCCUUUGCAUCACCCCUGUAGUUUCUUUCCAGCUAAUGAAAUUACCCAAUCUUUACCAGGAACUACUGCAAAGGUGUAUAAAAAGAUCUUGCAGCAAUUGCGCCAAAGUGAUCGAAGAACCUGCAUUAUGUCUUCUGUGUGGAAGAUUGUGUUCUCCAAUAUGGAGGCCUUGUUGCAGAGAAAGUGGUUGUCAGACUCAUGCAAUCACCUGUGGUGCUGGUACUGGUGUGUAUCUUCUAAUAAAGCGGACCACAAUCUUGCUACAAAGAUUUGCAAGACAAUCACCUUGGCCAUCUCCUUACUUGGAUACGUUUGGAGAAGAGGAUCUCGAGAUGAGCAGAGGGAGACGACUAUACCUGAAUGAAGAACGUUAUGCUGCUUUAACUUACAUGGUUGGUUCUCAUGGACUCGAUCACAGUUCAAAAGUUCUCAACCAAACCACAAUUGGAACCUUCUUUGUUUAAACUGUCUGGCGCCUCUUUCUCAGACUUUCUCCUCUUAUGUUGCUUCGAAAUCAUCAUCAGUUUAGAUUCUAAAGAUUUUCAGAUUCUGAUGAUCUUUUAAUUAAAUUUUAUGCUACUUUGGGUUGAUUUCUUUAUUUGUGGAUAUUAUUAGAUCAUGUUUGUAAAUAGAGUAUUAUAUUUUGCA